AUGAAACUUUGCAGCUUCAACUCUCGACUUGAUAAAAGCUUUUCCAAGUAUCGAUUCUCAUUUAUGGGCUUCCAUUUGAGCAAGGAGCCUCCUCCCCAAAUAGUUCUCGAAAGAUCCGUCACUCACGCAGAUCGCUCAAACAAAAGUGCAACGAAACAGUUCUGGACGGAUGAAGAAAGUACCUGCUUGAUAUGCCUUGAAGAAUUUCAUUUACUGGAUAGAAAGAUGAGUUGGCCAGUUUGCUCGCACAAUUUUCAUAAAGCAUGUGCGAAGAAAUGGCGCAAAAAUCAAGAUCAUUGUCCCCUCUGCCGAGGAAUAGAUGAAAAGCUAAGCAAGGAACUGGCUGCUCUUCAAGCCAAAAAAGACGAAGAAAAAAGAGUUGCAACUUUGGAAGACGCAACACAGCAAUUGUUGAAUCUGGGAAAUCCAAGCAAUGAAUGGGAAAAGAGACAAGUAGCACGUUGGGAACGUGUAAUUCGACGACUAAGCAAAUGA